AUGCCUGUAAAUCACAUAUUCCUGUUCCAAUCAAAUAUUGAUACGUUGAAUGAACGCAUCAACGAAAGAAACAUUCAUGAAAUCGAACAGUUAUCCUCCUUUACUGCAACUGAAGGUCAAUUUGGACGCGCUGUACUGGACAAAACAAAGAAGAUAUCAGUGAUGGCACCGACAACAACGAAUACGAUGACGUCAGCUAAUUCCACCCAGGAAUCCGACACGUCAGAUGCCGUCCAAUCAAAGGCCGAAGCUUCCGACACUAAGGAAAGCACAGAGAUAAAGCAACCACCGCCAUUUAUUAAAACUAGCUAUCCUGUCCAUUUAAUUGACUGCCCCGAGGAGAGUGAACCCAUUGUAUUCUCUAGCCGUCCUCCUGAUAAACCAAGUGAUCCUGGCGUUACAUGUUCCGGUAAAUGA